AGAAUGAACUUGAUGGAUAGCGAGAAUUCGAGUAGUCAUUCGAUAAGUUCUCCACAAAUGUUUCAAAACACGCACAACAAUUCAGCAAUGGAGGAUAAUUUGCUUUCUCGGCCAAUGAACAAUGAAUCACUUCAAAUGAUUAUUGGAUACUUACGACGAAAUGGUUUAACAGAAACUGAAGAGCUUUUGACUCGAGAAGCUGGACCAGUACUUAGAGUUGAAGGAUCUAAUGGAUUACCUCCAGAAGAAGCGAUAUCCGUUGAAUUCGACACAUUUGUCCAGCACGCAAACGAUUGUACAGAUGUUGUUCAAGCGGAAUUCAGUCAACUUUUAUUUCCUAUAUUUGCACACAGCUAUAUAGCUUUAAUUGAAAAGCAUGCCGCAACUGCCCGUAUAUUCUUCAAUCGAUUCAAGAUUUUCAUUCCUGAAUGUUUCUCGGAAUUUGUAUAUCAAUUAUCACUAAUCGAAGAUGCAAUGACGUUACGAGCCAAUGAACAUGUUCACAUUUUACGAGAAAAUAAAUUUCUUGUUCGACUUUCGAGGCCAACACUGAAACAUCUUGAAUCAAUUCAAACGAGAGUGAUUGGUGUUAAGAAUAUAAUUGCAAAACAUAUUUGUAUUGAAAAUGCUGACGAAGUAUCCACAAAUCGAACGACAAUAGAAACCCAAAUGGGUGGAAUUCUUGGAGUAACUUCGAAAAGUGAUAAAAGACAUAAAAUGAUGUUUUCGGUGUUAAAAGACGAAUUGAUGCAGAAUAUUGAAAAACGGAAGACAAAAGGAAAAGAUUGGAAAGAUAUGGGAAAGAAAAUGCAGACGCAUUGCCCACAAGCUGACCGAAUUCCUCUUCCACCAAUCAGCGAACAUCUUCGAGAGGAACGACGAAAUUGGCUUCGAGACGUCGGAAAAAUGGCCAUCAUUUCAGCUGAAUCACCCGUUUCCAUUUGUAUGUACACAACAGUAAAUGCACCAAUUGGAGUGGCUUCAUGUGAUUUUACGGAUGAUUCAAGUCUUAUUGCAAUGGGUUUAUCUGAUUCUUCAAUUGUUAUGAAUGCAAUGGAUCCGAUGAAUAAGAUGAAGAAGCUUCGUGAUAUGGAAUUUCUUGAUAAAAUCGAUAUUGAAACUGCGGAUAACGUGCAAUCACAAAUGUUUGAUUUACAAGGAUCAACGACAAGUGUGAGGUAUACAGGCCACGGUGGUCCCGUGUUUUCUGUCAAUUUUUCACCGGAUCGACGACUUCUUAUAUCAUCUGCCGGAGAUCGAACAGUUCGACUUUGGAGUAUGGAGACUCAGAGGAAUGCUGUUAUUUAUAGAACACCAGCAGUAGUUUGGCAGGCUCAAUUCUGUAGUCGUGGAUACUAUUUCGCUACAGCAAGUGCCGAUAAAACAGCUGCAAUGUGGUCGACAGAUCGAAUGCAUCCACUUAGAAUAUUCGCUGAUCCAUAUGGAGACGUUGGAUGUAUUGAUUAUCAUCCAAAUUGUAAUUAUAUUGCUGGAGGAUCAGAUGAUAGAUAUGUUCGAGUAUGGGAUGUUUGUUCUGGUACUCGAGUUCGCAUUUUUAGUGGUCAUAAAGCUUCGAUUAUCGCUGUCAAGUUCUCCCCAUGUGGUCGGUAUAUCGUCUCGUUAGAUGCUAUUGGAAAUCUGAUGAUUUGGGAUUUGGCAUACCAGAGAUUAGUUGCAGCUGAAAUUACGGAACAAGCUGGAACGAAGGGUUCAAUUACAUUCUCUCGUGAUGGUGGUGUAUUUGCGGUAUCCCAUGGAAAUUCAAGUAUUCAAUUAUAUUCACUUGAUACUCUUAUUGGAACAGUUCUCGCCGCUGGACAAAAUGAUUCCUACAUUGAGCCAAAAGUGAAUCUGGACGGUUUCAAUAUAGGAUCAUAUGCAACAAAAGAAACUGCAGUAAUCGGACUCCAUUUCACUCGUCGAAAUCUUCUUCUUGGAUUUGGUUGCUUCGGGCAAUAACUGUCAUCUUGCCUGCUAUUAUUUGAACAUUUUAUCUUUAAAAUACAUUAUCUCAAAAUCUGGUCUUUAACGUGAUCCUCUCAUUCAUAUUAAAUCUCUUUUUCACUGGUGGAAUAAAACCUUUUAACAAAUUUUAAA